AUGAAGAGAUCUGGUGGUGUUCAUAAGUCAGAAACCUCAACUUCUGGAAGGAAAAUGAGUGCUCAUAAUGGGAAGGAGAAGUAUGACAAGAAAAAAGUUCAGUGCUACUGUUCUAAGUUUUGCAACUUCGCUGUUGAUUGUUGGUCAAACAAGGAAAGGAAAUCAGAAGAAGCAAACAUAUCCAAAAGAGAUUUUGAUGAUGAAUUUGUGCUAUUGAUGGUUUUUGAAUAUGAUGAUGUGUAUUUGGCAGACUGGUGGUAUAUGGACACUGGAUGCUCAAAUUAUCUUACUGGAAAUAAGAAAUGGUUGGUUGAUUUUGACUCUGAGAAGAAGACCAAGAUCAUAUGUGCUGAUGAUAAAUACCUCAAUGCUAAAGGUAUGGGAAAUGUCGUAGUAGUUCUGAAUAAUGGUAAAUCAACAUUGAUUCAAAAUGUGUGGUAUAUUCCUAGCAUGAAAAGCAAUAUGAUGAGUUACCUUCACUUGGAUGGAAUAAAUAUUGUGUCAUUUGUUGAUGAGUUCACAAGAAUGAAAUGGGCAUCCUUUAAAAAGUUCAAACACGAGGCAUUUGUUGAAUUUAAGAAAUUCAGAAUUAAGGUUGAGAAUCAGUGUGGUCAGAAGCUGAAUAUUCUCAAAACCGGUGGUGGAGAUACCCAUAGAAGGAAGUUGGGUGACAAAAGCAAAGUUAUGUUGCUUGUAGGGUACCACAAUACAUGUGCCUAUAAGCUUUAUUGUCUCGUCACUAACAAGGUUGAAUUCAGUAUAGAUGUCAUUAUGAAAGAAUCAGAAGUGUGGGAUUUGAGUAAAUCUCAAUCCAACUUUGGUGUAGUCUUAACCUCUAAAGAUACUUCAGAAUCUAAAGGUUAUGAAGAUAAGUCAGAGUCAGAAGAUGACUUUGAAGCUAAAUAUGAGUUAAAGUCUGAAGGCGACUCUGAAGAUGAAGAAGUCUCUAAAGGUGAGUCUAACUCUGAAGGUGAAUAUGAUUCUGAUCCAGAUUCUGAUGAUGAUCUAGACUAUGGUGGUCAACACUCCGAAGGUGGUCAUGCCUAUAAAGGUGGAACUUAUGGGGUUCCAACAUUUGAUACUAUUCCAGCGUCCGAAGGAGAUUCGAAACAUGUUCAAAGGCCAUAA